AUGUCUAAAAAUCCAGCACCUUUCGGAGCUAGCGUGAAGCGGUUUGGUAAAAUCACAGUUCACCCCAAUUUAGAUCCGAGUGGACUUUACACUAUAAGGCCCCCAGCAUGCGACCCCUGUCGCUACCACCCGAAACCCAUGCAUAAAAUAUUUGAAGUUAACAAAAAUAGAAAAUCCGAGAAAGACCCCUGGAGGUAUAAGAUAGAGCUGGAAGAGUGGGCUCAAAAUCUCGGAUAUAGGAAUCAAAAAAUUCUAUCACAAAGGCACUGGCAACUGUCUCUGCUCGGGCCCGCCUGGCAUACCGUUCCCGAUGAGAUCAAGUACGAGCCCGCGUGCAAAAAUGUCGGUUUCGGCAGAACCCCGAGAACUAGACCUUCCAAACUCAGAUACCCAGGACCAGGAACCUACUAUCGCGCUGUUCCAUUCAAAGCUCCUUAUGGCCCUCAUUCCUUAAGACCUACUUUCGAGAGAGAAGAGCCUUGCCGAUUCAAAGACACAUGUCCAAGGUGGUCCCUAGCGCCUAACAGAUAUAAUAUCAUAGAUAAAGAGAGUAUAGAGCAGAAGCCAAAGAAGUUGGUAUCGAGACGAGGCCCCUACGACCUCUUCACGGGGCGCAGAGACGGCACGGUAAAAAACCACUUCAACACAUCGCUCAAAGUGUCUGCGGCUACGUGGCCACUCGCGCUGAAAGGUUCCUUUGAUACAUACAAAAAGAGUCACUUUGGUUCUAUGAACAAAACCGAUAGGAGUAAGCCGUACAGAGGCAGAAAUGCUUUGGUGGAUAUCUCGAUGUGUGUGAAGCGGCCGGACGAGCCUGGUCCGGCGCAUCUGAACAUCGACAAGCCCAAAGUGUUCAAACAAUAUAAGCACGGCUUCAACAGCUCGUACGAUAAAGGGCCAGGGUACCAGCGAGUAGUGGUGUGGCCCGGUGUGGGCCGCUACAAUGUGAAGACGUUGACCUGCGGCAUCAUGGGCCAGGGUCACAAACACGUGUUCUUGAGCAAGUUGGGUAGAACCAUUGGAGCAGUUAUACCAGAACCUAUGAAUUCCUUUUGA